UGCUACCCUCUCUUCACUUCUCCAACCUGGCAACAUAUUAAGGUUUGGGCCCUUAGUCUCUUAAGAAGGGCAGCUUAUGUUCUCAGCUAGAUGAUACAGCUUCUGGAUAACUUUCCGUCAUGGUGGAUAUACCACUGGGAUUGGGGAGGGGCCGUCAGGCCAGAGGGAGAAAAAUCAAUGGAACCUGAUUCUGCUUCCACUCAUCCACAUGCUGGGUUUUGAACAAGCUUCAGAGUGGAGGGCGUGACAGACACUGCCUACCGUUUUUGCCACCUUUUGUGGUCUCCAUCAUGUGCCAAGUGGUAUCCUAGACAGAAACCUUCCCUGAGAUUCACAUUUCGGGGAUGAAAAAUUGCCCUGCAUUAGCAAGUGUCACCAUUGAAUAGGUGGUGGAAGUCUGGCAUGGUUCCAGGAGGAAGAGACACCAGUAAAAGGAAGCACCCUUUUCUUUGCUCUGUUGCUGUAACUGCUUGCUUUUACACUACUCACCUUGGCAGUUACCCAGGGUAACUGUUGGUCACUCCAAUUUUAAAGUAGAGAUAACAAAAUCUGCUUCAGAGUCACAAUUGAUACUGUGCAGGGCCAUUCUGGGAUCCCUUGCCUUCAGGUUUGUUUUUGUUUUUUAAAAUAUAUUUUUAUUGAUUUCAGAAAGGUAGGGAGAAGGAGAGAGGGAUAGAAACAUCAAUGAUGAGAGAGAAUCAUUCAUUGAUCCGCUGCUUCCUACACGCCUCCCACUGGGGAUCGAGCCCACAACCCAGGCAUGUGCCCUGACCAGGAAUUGAACCAGGACCUCCUGGUUCAUAGAUCGAUGCUCAACCACUGAGCUAUAGGGGCCAGGCCCCUUGCCUUCAGUUUUAGGGCCCUAGAUCAAAUGCUAUCUGGGAGAAUCAACUGGUUUACUACAAUGGAGUCCCCUGGUGUGCCCAGCUGGGGCUAGAAGAGGACCAGCCCCUUCUCUGUGGGUGGGCAGUACAGGAUGAUUUGACAACUUCAGGAUAACAUCCAGGACAUAUUUGCACUAUAUCACUGGGAAGUGUCGAGUGUGCUGGUAAAACUAGGAGCACCAAUCCAUACCCAAGUUAUGAAAUAUAAAAAAUAAACUCCCUCUUUGAGAUCCACAAAGUAUGGCACUUAAGUUUGAGUUAUGUGCUCAAGGAAUGGAACUCCCUGAUAGGGCCAAAACAAACAUGACUGAAGCUUCUGCUGAACAUUCUAAAGCAGCAGUCGCCAACCGAUGGUCCCCGGACCACUGGUGGUCCAUGAGGUCCGAAAUGUUGGCAACUGCUCUUCUAAGGAGAUACAGGAGUAGAGAUUUGGCUGGGAUAAGAGACACUCAGAGGGGCUUCGGGUAUGGGGAUUAAAUAAACUGGACAGGUGCACUACAUACAGGAACACAAAGACAGCCGGAUCUAGAGAGGAGAGACCCUGACAGUCUGAGGCUGACAUGGCCCCACACAAGCAGCAAAAAGGAACAUCAUUGACCUUUGAGAGCGACAGGAUGAGGGCAAAGUGCCCUCCACUGGUGCUACUUGAAUAGUGCUGGUGCUGAGAGGUGAGGGCUGCUGAGGUGGAGACCUGUUUGUGGAGUAUGACUGGGGUCUCCUGCAAGCAGUGCCUCAGUUUCUCCCUUUGUUUCAAGUUCUCAAGCUUUGCAGGUAAAGUUUGGACUAGCUGCCCUGGAAGAUUACCUGUUUGUGACUUGAAGGGGGUAUGUGUGUGAGGAAGAGGGAUUUCAUGAGCAGUGUGUGCCAGAUCAUGGGAGGAAUUGGGCCAUGCCCCAGGACUUGAGCCAUCUCUGGCACAAAAGGAGUUAAUGGCAGGGACCGCGCCCCCCGUGUCCGGGCACGCGCAGCGCGCCCCCUGGGUGCGCGGGCACAGCAGCCAAGCAGCCAGAGAGCAGAUCUCCGGGAUUCGGGUGCGGAGCCCUUGGCCUGGAAGCGAUAUGGGUGGUCCGAGGCCCGGUUCAGUCGCUUGCAACAGCCAGGGGAACAGGCCUGUCUGGCCCUGAGGGAGUCUUCUUUCUGAAGCUGUGGUGCUUGGAUGACCUGCUCUCUACGUGGCCAGCACCUGUAGGUGUCCCUCAAGAGCUCAGUUUUGAGGUUCCAGUCAGUGUGGCCAUGAAGGGGCUGCCUAUUGGGCUGAUGCUGUGACCCUGGAAUCUGCCUUUCCUGCCAGUCCCCCUGCCCAGAACAUGUGGCUGUGGCUUGGCCUGCCCUGGCUGCCCCUGAGCCCCAAGCCCACAGUUGGCCGGAGCCUGUGCCUCACUCUGUGGUUCCUCGGCUUGGUGCUAAGGGCCAGUACACAGGCCCCAGCGCCCACAGUCAAUACUCACUUUGGAAAGCUAAGGGGUGCCCGGGUACCAUUGCCCAGUGAGAUCCUGGGGCCUGUGGACCAAUACCUGGGGGUGCCCUACGCAGCUCCUCCGAUCGGCGAGAAACGCUUCCUGCCCCCUGAACCACCCCCAUCCUGGUCGGGCAUCCGGAACGCCACACACUUUCCCCCAGUGUGUCCCCAGAACAUCCACACAGCUGUGCCCGAAGUCAUGCUGCCUGUCUGGUUCACUGCCAACUUGGAUAUCGUCGCCACUUACAUCCAAGAGCCCAAUGAAGACUGCCUCUACCUGAAUGUCUAUGUGCCCACGGAGGAUGGAUCCGGCGCUAAGAAACAGGGCGAGGACUUAGCGGAUAAUGACGGGGAUGAAGAUGAAGACAUCCGGGACAGUGGUGCUAAGCCCGUCAUGGUCUACAUCCAUGGAGGCUCUUACAUGGAAGGGACAGGCAACAUGAUUGAUGGCAGCGUCCUCGCCAGUUAUGGCAACGUCAUCGUCAUCACCCUCAACUAUCGGGUUGGGGUGCUAGGUUUCCUGAGCACUGGAGAUCAGGCUGCCAAGGGCAACUAUGGGCUCCUUGACCAAAUUCAAGCGCUCCGCUGGGUGAGUGAGAAUAUUGCCUUCUUCGGUGGCGAUCCCCGUCGUAUCACAGUCUUUGGCUCAGGCAUCGGUGCGUCCUGUGUCAGCCUCCUCACGUUGUCACAUCACUCUGAGGGGCUUUUUCAGAGGGCCAUCAUCCAAAGUGGUUCUGCUCUAUCCAGCUGGGCUGUGAACUACCAACCAGUGAAGUAUACCAGCCUGCUGGCAGACAAGGUGGGCUGUAAUGUGCUAGACACAGUGGAUAUGGUGGACUGUCUUCGGCAAAAGAGUGCCAAGGAGCUAGUAGAACAGGACAUCCAGCCAGCCCGCUACCAUGUGGCCUUUGGCCCUGUGAUUGAUGGUGAUGUCAUCCCUGAUGACCCUGAGAUUCUCAUGGAACAGGGUGAGUUCCUCAAUUAUGACAUCAUGUUAGGUGUCAACCAGGGUGAGGGGCUCAAGUUUGUGGAAGGGGUGGUGGACCCUGAGGAUGGUGUCUCUGGCACUGACUUUGACUACUCCGUCUCCAACUUUGUGGACAAUCUAUAUGGAUAUCCUGAGGGUAAGGAUACCCUGCGGGAGACCAUCAAGUUUAUGUACACAGACUGGGCAGACCGUGACAACCCUGAGACCCGCCGUAAAACACUGGUGGCACUCUUCACUGACCACCAGUGGGUGGAACCCUCAGUGGUGACAGCUGAUCUGCAUGCCCGCUAUGGCUCACCUACCUACUUCUACGCCUUCUACCAUCACUGCCAGAGCCUCAUGAAGCCUGCUUGGUCAGAUGCAGCUCAUGGGGACGAAGUACCCUAUGUUUUCGGUGUCCCUAUGGUGGGCCCCACUGACCUCUUCCCCUGCAAUUUCUCCAAGAAUGACGUUAUGCUCAGUGCUGUUGUCAUGACCUACUGGACCAACUUUGCCAAGACCGGGGAUCCCAACAAGCCGGUCCCCCAGGACACCAAGUUUAUUCACACCAAGGCCAACCGCUUUGAGGAAGUGGCCUGGUCCAAAUACAACCCCCGAGACCAGCUUUACCUUCACAUCGGGCUGAAACCGAGGGUUCGAGAUCAUUACCGGGCCACUAAGGUGGCAUUUUGGAAACACCUGGUGCCCCACCUAUACAACCUGCAUGACAUGUUCCACUAUACGUCCACAACCACCAAAGUGCCACCCCUGGAUACCACCCACAGCUCCCACAUCACCCGAAGGCCCAACGGUAAGACCUGGAGCACCAAGCGGCCAGCCAUCUCCCCUGCCUAUAGCAAUGAGAAUGCCCAAGGGUCCUGGAAUGGGGAUCAGAAUGCAGGGCCACUCUUGGUGGAGAACCCUCGUGACUACUCCACUGAAUUAAGUGUCACCAUCGCUGUGGGGGCCUCCCUUCUGUUCCUUAAUGUUCUGGCCUUCGCUGCCCUCUACUACCGUAAGGACAAACGACGUCAGGAGCCCCUGCGGCAGCCUAGCCCUCAGAGGGGAGCCGGGGCCCCUGAAUUGGGAGCUGCUCCUGAGGAGGAGCUGGCAGCAUUACAGCUGGGCCCCACCCACCAUGAGUGUGAGGCCGGUCCCCCUCACGACACACUGCGCCUCACUGCGCUGCCCGACUACACUCUGACCCUGCGGCGCUCCCCUGAUGACAUCCCACUCAUGACCCCCAACACCAUCACUAUGAUUCCCAAUUCCCUGGUAGGGCUGCAGACAUUGCACCCCUAUAACACCUUUGCCGCAGGGUUCAACAGUACUGGGCUGCCCCACUCACACUCCACUACCCGGGUAUAGCUCCAGCCCAGAGCACAGCCUAUCUCCUGGCUCCCUUCCUCCCAGAUCUACGAACACACAUGCACACACAGACACACAGAGAAACACAUACAGAUAUAUAUGUAUACGCACGCACCCACGCCCAACAGCAGACCCACCUGCACAAACAUAGAUAGACGUGGACAUGCACCCGCAUGUACAAAAACACAAAUAAGGAAGUAAACCUAAACAAACCCUCCAAAUGGGGAUGCAAAUGAGUCCUUGAGAAACUGAGGACCCAUGGGACAGCAGCUGAAGCCAGCUCCUUGAGCCUGACCGCAGACUCUCCUGGGGGCCUGAAAGCACCAGCUGGACACCCCCUUGGUGCUUGCCCUCCGCCUCUCUUGGAACUGCACCACCAACCAACUCCAGACUUGGGAGCUGUAAAGAGCAGAGUAGCUCUUUCUCCCCUAGACUUGAUCUUUUUUUUCUGGUCUUGUUUUUGUUGAUUUAAAAAAAAAAAAAGGAACAAAUCCUUCUCCAACCUGUGAGUGCGAAGAAGCUCCAGAAGGGAGGGCCCCAGCCCAGGUCUUUCUGGCUCCAGUGUUCACAGAAUCCGACAAAGGAACAGGACCCCCAAGAAAGAAACAGAUUUGAGUAAGACCACAGGUUGGAAGGAGGAAGGGGCUAUGGCCGGAUGGGGCUGGAGGCCAUAGGGGAGAACUCUCCAGCCAUCUCUGUGUCCCUGUGAAGGGCUGCAGACUGCAGAGUAGAUUUGGUGAAUGAGGUUCUGUGGAGUUCACGCCUCUGUCCUCGGGGUAAUGCCAUCAGAAAUUCACCCCAUUUUAUUUACAGUCUCUUGUGUCUGUCAUUUCUCUUUCAAAAAGGCAGUGUUUUUUGUUGUCGUUGGCUUUUUUUUUUUUAAGAAAAGUUCUUAAAACACUAACAGAAACCCAUGGAGUUUGUCCUUUGUAAAAAUUUUAAACACAGUGUCUUGUUAUAAAAAUAAAAAAUCCAGUUAGCACUCCCAAUUUGCCUCCCUUGCACAGGCCUUGCCCUAACAGACCUCCCAGCUGGGUGCCUCUGCAGGCUAGGAAUCACAACAGCUCUCUGCCUCCUGUGCCUUUAAACUGAUACAUGUCUGGGCUGUGCUCUGCUGGACCCGCAUGAAGGCCUCUCCAAUCUUCAUCAGGUUGCUGUCCCCACCUCCAGGGCCAUGGGUUCCUGCUUCUGAAGCCUUCUCUUAGUGCCUCAGGGCCUCCUAAUGAAAUAGCAAAAAUAACACUUCUUUCUCCUCUGCAUGCCAUCACGCUACUGCCGCCUCCAUCCGUGCUGCCAUUGCCACCAGGGCCACCACCCUGCCCUCAUCCUGGACUGGGGGCUGGGAGGAGGUUUGACCUCUAACAUGCUGAAAUUCCUACUCAUAUCUGAAUCCAGUGAGGCAUCAGGUCUGUAGACUCCCUUGCCUUGGGUGACUGACAGAGCAAGGGCCCUCUCCUCCACAGAGAUGCUUGUGUCCUAUUCUGGUCAUUGGAAUUGGAGAAGUUCAUUGGGGCCCUGGGAGCAGUUUCUCUCCAGGAUUAUAAUCAGUGACUCCCUAUCAACCUUGGAGGACAGAUUCAAUGAGGUUCUACAGGGUUAGCAUUAUGGUAUUUCAUAUUAUUCUCAAUGACUUGAAGGGAUGAACCAGCUCAACAAGUAUGACAGUUGGGUGGGGUUGCUGAUACCUCAGAAACCAAGAAUAUAAUUCUUCUAAAUGACCCUGACAAAAUGAGGAAGAUGAACCAACACAACAGGAUGAUGUUCAGAGGGGAUGAACACAAGGUAGUAUAAGGACCAAAAGAGAGAUGGGCAAUGAUUGACUUGACACAGUAUAGUUAAAAAAGAAAAAAAAGAACUGGGGGCAGCGUUUCAGGGUGGGUCACAGCUGAAUGAGUUCAUAGUGUAGAAUUUAUUUCUACUCUCUCCCCUUUUCCCUUUCUCUCUUCUUUCCCAAACUAACAUGAACACUAGCAUAUAAUAACACAAAUAUAGCAUGAAGUGGCUGGGAGGUAAUCAGGCUCUAAGUUUUAGAAUUAGAAGUAGCCUCAGAGUCAUCUGGUCCAACACACUUAUUUUACAAUUGGUAAAAUGGGCCCAGAAAAGUCCAAUGUCACAGUCAGUGUUAGAAACAGACAUGGAGUGCAGUCCAGAAAUAUAUGACCUUUCCCAUGGUCCUCAAUUUUUUUUUUGCUCUGCUUAGCAUUGGUUAUGCCUUUUAAAGCAUUAAUGUGUCUGGCCUUGGUCAACACAUUUUCAGCAUAUGUGGAAAAGCUGGAGAGGGUCUGGAGAAGAACAAAAACAGUGUGCCAAAGGACUAGUGUGUUGUUUUUUAAUUUAGAAAGGAGGAACAUGGUGAGGAAACAUUAAAUAAUUGUAGAGCACCUACUAAGUGACAAGUGUGUUAUAUCUUUAAAAAGUUAACUCUUAAAUAAGGACAAAGCUGCCAUUUCUUCUGACAAUGAUAGAGGGGAAAAGAUGGUUAGAUACAAGAAAAAACUUUGAUAUGGAUAGGAGGUGAUCAUGGCACUCAGUAAGUUCUCCAAAAUAGUUGAAAAAUGAAUGAAAGACUACUACUAAGGAAAACACUGGUGUUCAUCUUCCUGAAAUCAGAGGGCUGGAUGACAUGAACUUUUUAGGUCAAUUCAGAGUCUUUGUUGUUAUAAUCCUUUGAUUGUUCCGUCUCAGAUAUUACCAAACUGGGCCUCCUCUCUUCUGGGGUGUGUGUGUGUGUGUGUGUGUGUGUGUGUGUGUGUGCCUCCAAAUUAGGAGGCUCUCUAUUUGGGGAGGAUUUAAACAUUGCCUAUCCUCUAAGAACUCAAGGUCUAUAGCAAACCCAGCUCCAAUUCUAUUUGGGACCCAUCAGUGAGAGAUUACAGUUGAUCUUCAUACCUUUGAAAGGUCUGUCUGGGUGGCAGAAGUGGCCUCCAAGACAGGCAGGGUCUCAAUCAAAUUGUAGUCAGUGCUAUGCUGGGGUAGCUUGAGGGUUCGUAGCCCCAUUACUGAUAGCCAGCCUUGAGCUCAGCUAAAAAAUGCAACUCUUUGUUUGGAGAGGGGCUGAGGAUAUACUUGGAUUUUAUUUCCCAUUGCAAAAAUCAUUAGUGCCUAGAAUGAAUGGAUCUAACUUGCAUUCCUAGAUUUAUCUGGUUUCUGUAUUAGUCCUUUUGGGAGCUGGGCAAAGCUAUCUUGAGGUCUAAAUUUGUGGUGUGUGUUAAAAGCUAGAUGUUGGUCACUGUAAAAAUCUCCAUAGAAAGCAAGUAUGAUUGUCAAGACUAUAGGCCUGGCCCUGUGCUAGUUUAGAUACUGUGAGGGAUAGAAUAUACCCGCUUUGAGGUGCAUACUAUCAGGAAGACAAAACUGAACUAUGAUAAAAAUGAGUGAAAUGCAUAAUUUAGCAUGUGGCUUCAAUUUUAUGGUUAAGGUUAAAGGGGCUAGAGAAAUUGCAAGACAAGCUGGGCGAGGGGGACUUUCGGGGGACAUAGUAGACAUUCCAAAUUGGGAGAAAAGGCUCGGCCAGAACAACCACACCAGAAGAUCUAGGCAUGCUUAAGUUGCAGUGAGGAACUGACCUGACUGAAGUAAAGGGUUCAAGUUAAAUAGGUGGACAUCAGAUUGGAAAGGCAGGUUGCAGAAGUCUUUAUAACAGCAGAAGUGUUUGGGUGUUAUCGGAUGAGUGAUGGGAUGCCCUGACUUUUCCUUUUGCUAAUGGUUUUAUAGAGAGAACACAAAACCUCCUCAGCUCCUCUUUUGCUCCUUCUCUUCUCUGAGGAGAAGGAUUUCUAGAGUAGAAAUGACAGAGUGAGCACCCAAGAGAGGCUCCUAAAGGCAGUUUAUUCCAAAAGAGCCUUUAGCUGCUCUGAGUAAUUUCAUCUCAUACUCUGGAUCAAUAAUAGCCCAGAGCAUUGUGAGGACUUGCAGCUCAGGUUGCAGGACAACUAGUGGUAGCUGUUAUAAUCCCAUAGAAAGUGAAGAAGAUGCACACUGUAACUUAGAGAUGGGCAAACAUGGCUCCACAGUUUUACAAAUAGGAAGAGAUGAAUUCCAUAAACUAUAGAUCAAUACAUUUAAUAUUGAUUGAGGGCAAGAGUCUAGGACAAAUGAGUAAAAGGAUGGGUGGUGAGCACUUGCAAAAGGAAGUGAAGAUUGCUCAGCCCCUGCAUGGAUUCAGGAAAAACAAAUCAUCCCCCACUCAGCUCAUUUCCUUUGAAAGUGUGACUGGAUGGGUAGAUGAGGAGAAUGCUACACCUACAGUGUAUCUGGAGUGCAACAAAACAUUAUCUUAGGAUACUCUUGGGACAAUAUGCAGGAAUAUGAGGUGGAUAAAGAUAGGUGUGUGCAGAUUCUUAACCAAUUGAAUGACUACACACAAAAAGGUUCUGUUUUAAUGUCUCUAGAUCAAAUUUGAAUAUUACACAUAGGUGGGAGAGAAAACCAAAAUGACAGAAUCAGAAUUCAUAGAGAUGUCCAGAGGCUGGUAUGAUGGACUCACUAUAGCAAAAUAGAACGUAACAGGGACAUAACCUUUCUAUGAUACAUUUUCCUGCUCUUAUUUCCAGGUUCCUAGGCAUCCAGUAAAAAGGUUUAGGGCUAAGGCAGUAAAAGAUGUCCCACAGAGAACUUAGGAGCAAGAGCCCAGAGGAAGACCCUUAGAACAUAUAUGGGAAACAUGUAAGUUUUUCUCUUACAUGUUAAAUACCUGGGGAGGGCAGCCUGGCACAAGACUGAAAUUCCGGUGGAUCAACUAGAAGAGCUCAACAAUUGCAAUGCAAUCAUUACUGGAAGAUGGAGAACCCCAGGACCUCUGGGUUACAACGAACUCACCAGAACUGAUUAUCAAUUCUGUAUUCAGAACUAGAAAGACAAUAGUGAGCAAGAUGGAUGUGGUCUUGAACCUCACAGAUAAGACAAAUAUUCAACAAAUAUGUACAAAUAUGAAGUUUAUUCCAAUAAAGAUUAGUCUGUGAAAAACAAGAAAGUUAGCAGGAACAAAUAUAAAGUCACUCAUUUGAAUUCCAAAAUGUAAUAGUAUAGCCCUAACCGGUUUGGCUCAGUGGAUAGAGGAUCAGCCUGCGGACUGAAGGGUCCCAGGUUUGAUUCCAGUCAAGGGCAUGUACCUUGGUUGCGGGCACAUCCCCAGUAAGGGUGUGCAGGAGGCAGCUGGUCGAUGUUUCUCACUCAUCAAUGUUUCUAACUCUCUAUUCCUCUCCCUUCUUCUCUGUAGAAAAUCAAUAAAAUAUAUUUAAAAACAAAACAAAAUGUAAUAUUAUCAGUGUAGGAUGUGAGAGAUGUGGCUUAGAGAGUUUUUAAGUAAAUGAAAGCUUAUCAUGAGCCAUGAGUCAAAAGUAUAGGUUGGCCCUAGCUGGUUUGUCUCAGUGGGUAGAGCGUCAGCCUGUGGACUGAAGGGUCCUAGGUUCGACUCUGGUCAGGGCACAUGCCCAGGUUGUGGGCUCGAUCCCCAGUAGACAAGG